AUGUCUCCUCGGAUGGCAGCACCGGCGCUUGGCGAACCUGAGCCUGGAGAGGAUAGCAGGCGCAAGACAACAGCACAUCGCGAGAAGCUCUUCUCCACGAUGCCUAAAACAUCUUACAACACGCACACUACGGCAUCGUCCUACACGGGGAGUAAUCCCAGGUCGGAUGGAGGUUCCGACAUCGGGAACAUAUCCCAGCACUCAUCGUUCUCCAGAAGGAGUGGAGCUGGUGGCUUUGGGGGAGAGGAAUGCUUGGAGGAGGUGUCCUCGGAGGAGUCAGACUUUGAGGACGAUGAGGAGCAACUUAGGGGAGGCGGAGGCGUCGGGCCGUUCGCGUUCCCGCCGGAAGCUCCUAUGUUCGUUUUGCCAUUGACGGGGCUAAGCGCGGCAAGAAGCUUUCCCAAGUACCAGAACGCCAUGAGGAGCGGGGCGUUGGUGCCAUACGACUCGCUCGACCGCAACAGCGCGUUCGUGGUGUUCGUGUCGCAUCGCUGGAUUAACGAGUCCAGUCGGCCGACGGAGUUCUGGAAGCACGGUGGAGGGCAGGACUUCGGGGAGGGAUCGCCAGACGUUGAUUCGGCCAAGCACACCUUUCUCGUUGAAGGUUUGCACUCGAUCCUGGCUUCUCUUCCGCGGGAAGUUGCGGUGUUUUUGUGGAUCGACUAUUCCUGCAUAGACCAGGAAAACCCAGAGAGCAAGCGCAAGGGAGCUAGGAGUGUGGCUGCUUACAUGCAGCUCAGCGACGCCGUCUUCACUCCAUAUGCCGAAAGCUUGUACCCAAGCAGCGGGGGCGGCGGCGGAGAGACGUUCGCCAACCCAUUAGGCGAGGUGUGCAACACACCCUGGCCGAACUCUUACCGGUCUUUGCAGGACUUCUGUUCCCGCGCAUGGUGUCGCCUGGAGGUGUUGCUGUGUGCCACCCUCCCCUUAAGAGACGGCGGUUUCAGGUACUUUGCUGCCAGAGGGGAGGAGGGCCGCGCGCAAGACCGACCUCACUUCGUUUACGGGGAGUACCAACGGCGUCGCAAUUUGCCACCAGAGGCCUUGGCCCGAUCCGUGGACGAAGCGUGGGCUAGCUCCGUGGAUCCGCUAGAGGGCUUCUUGAGCAAUCCCGAGGACAUGGAAGCAAUCGUGCACGGAAUGGGGCCCGUUAGACUGGCGUCCAGGUCAGCGGCAAGCUCCGCGCUUGGUUCAUCGGUCAACACGACUACCGCCGUGGCCACCGUGGCCACUCCGCUGCACCCUGGGGAUAGCGAAGAGCGAAGACGUGCGACCGGCAGAGCGAGCGGAGAACGAGAAAGAGAAAGAGAAAGCUCUGACGCCGUCGGACGGGGGGGUGGGGGUGGGAGUGGCGGUGGUCGAGGGCAGGGCGCUUCGAAGGGGGCGGGGCGAGGGCGGACGGGGCGAGAAUUGAUUCCUCCUCUAAGCGAGACAAGGGCAAUGCCGGGCCUGUCCGACGAGGCUGAGCUGGUUUCCGCGGCAAGGAGUAUUGCGACGGACCGCCUCAUGUCCCCCGCGGUCAAGGGCGGCAGGAUAAUUUCCAGCCCCAGCCCCAUGCGCAAGAGGACUGCCGCGGCCGACUCUGCAGUGGGCAGCGAGACCAGGGGAGCGAGAGGGGACUCGAGCAUGCCGGGGUGGUUGUGGGAUACGGUAUUCCAGUACCCGCUAUCGGAAGGAGACACUAGAACCCAGUACUCGGACGGGUCGACGUUCGUGGGGCCUUUGAAGGAUGGGAUGAGGCACGGGAAGGGUUGCUACUUCUUUCAGGACGGAAGCCGGUACGAGGGAUACUUCAAGGGAGACAAACGCCACGGAGAGGGAACACUCAACCUCGCCAGCGGGGGAAAAUACGUCGGCCAUUGGGAGAAUGACUUGCAGCACGGCGACGGGACAUUCUACUUCGCCGAUAGCUCUUGCUUCAAGGGGCUGUGGGUGCAGGGUAAGAAGAAGAGUGGUGUGUUCACCUACUCAUCUGGCGGGCGGUAUAUCGGGGAGUUGCAAGCAGGGCGCCGACACGGGCGAGGGUCUUUCCUGUAUCCUGACGGCUCGAGCUACGAGGGACAGUGGCAAGACAACUCGAAACACGGGGAGGGAACCGCGUGGUACGCCUCAGGCAAUCGUUACGUGGGGCAGUGGCUCUAUGGAAAGUCGCACGGGGAGGGCACGUACUAUUACGCCACGGGGGCAAAAUACGAAGGGCAGUUCGAUGGUGGCAAGUGCCACGGCCGCGGGACCUACUUCUACGCCAACGGUAACAAGUACGAAGGCGAGUGGAAAGACGACAUGAAGUGGGGGUUCGGGACAGCCGUGUACCUGAACAAGGCUCACUAUGAGGGACAUUUCUUCAUGGACAAAAGGCAUGGCUUCGGGAAAAUGCGUUACUCCAACGCAGGAACUUACGAGGGCGAAUGGGCCUCGGGGAAGCCCCACGGGCAGGGUACCGCGACGCACAAGGACGGCGAGAAGUACGUGGGAACCUACAAAGCCGGCCUCUAUCAUGGGGAGGGGUGCUACUGGUAUUCCAACGGAGCGGUGUACGAAGGGCAAUACCGCAACGGGCGCGUCCACGGCAAGGGCCGAGCGACGUUCCCCUCGGGGGACAGCUACGCGGGGGAGUGGCGAGAGGGUGCCAUGUCGGGUACCGGUGUGUACGAGUUCAAGGAGGAGGGGGCGAGCUACGAGGGCGACUUCGACAACGGCAGAAUGCACGGCGUGGGUGUCUACCGCUGGCCCCACGGAGAUGUGUACCGAGGCUCUUGGCAGAACGACCGCAGGAGUGGACGAGGCCGCUACGAGUGGACCGAGCUUGGGCUGACCUUCGAGGGUAUGUUCCACGAUGAUCGCAGGACGGGCCGCGGAAGCAUCAUCUUCCCUGAUGGUUCGAGAUACGAGUGCCAGUGGGAAGAUGACAAGGCGCUCGACUCCACGGCGCAAGGGUCGCGAAGCGUCCAUUACCGCGCUGACGGCACCGAGUGCACGAUUCAAGGCGACGAGCUCAGGAAUCUCAUGAGACGUAUCAACGAGCAGCGUAUGAUGCAACCUGUCACUCCGAUUGUCAAUCCUGAAGCUGAGCAACCGGACCAGCAACUCACUGCCGCAGCCAUAGCGCCAUCGAUCGCUUCCACGGCGGAGUCGGUGUCUGAUGUCUGAUGAUGUUUGAUGCCCAGGGCAUAAAGUCUGU